GAAGAUCUGAUUAAACUUUUCCCAAUUUUUAUUUUCCUGCUUGUGAUGGCUCCUGAAGAGAGCUCUAGGAGCUCACCUUUCAGUGAUGUCCCUGAGGAGGAUAUUCCUGAGAUCGCUGAGAAUCCAAAAGAGGAGCAGCAACCAGCUGGUGAUGAGGCUACAACAGACAUGGUGAAGGUGAUCAGAGGUGACAAAUUCACAUCCGCCACUAUCAGAGGGAUAAAGUGGCUGCUAUGGUGGUCGUACUGCAAAAGUGUUGGAGAUCAGAUAUCUGCCUGA